GUUGUGCUACAUUAUUUGUUAUUUUGUUAAUUUUCUUUGUCUUACAUCUAUGAAACCUCGGUGAUCUUGUGGUAGCGUGUUCGCCUCGAUUGUUGGAGGAUUUGGGUAAAAAACCCCGGUCGGGUAAAACCGAAGACGUUAUAAUUGGUAUUUGCUACUUCUCAGCUAAGCACGCGUCAUUCAGGAGUAAGAACAUAGACUGUCGACUCGGAAUCAGAAUAAUAUGUCCGGGUAGGGUGACAUGACUUCUGGUUAGGGUGACAUGUUUUCCUGCAGAUUGUUACCUUGGGGACUAGCAUGUUAAAAAUUCGGCUCAGCGUGUCGGUCUUAUACAAAACAGGAUUAAUAUUCAUAUUGCAUUAACAUGCUUUCGCCCUGUAUAUGUAUUAAAUUCGACGCUGGACGUUAAACAGCCAUCCAUCAUCAUCAUCUUACCUCUAAGACAAAAAUGUUUAUAUAUUUCACAACAGGUGUGUUGGACAUUGGAAUUUUGCACUACGUGUAUUCUGAUAAAUCAAAAAAUGUUGCUCAACAAGUGAAAACAACUUUUAAGAUUAUAUGUACAAUAUGAAAUAUCCGAAUAUAAUUUAAUCCUUUGAAAAAAAGAACUGCUUGUUUGUUUUUAAAAACAAGCAUAGAAGCCGCGAUAGUUUAAAACGAUAAUCCAGGGACAAGAAUCUCCAUUUGUGUACUUCUCAGACAAUAUAUUUAUCAGUUACUUUGCUGCAUGUUUGAAAUAUGACAUUUAAAGGAAGGUAAUACAUGAACCCAAUGUUGUUUAUUUUAAUCUUCCCCCUUCAAGGGUAAUUAAUAAGCAUUAUUAAGGGAAGUCAGAAAGAAAUAGACCUGUAUGACUGAACAGAGAAAUGCCUCCGAAAUACAACCAUUUACACUAGAACAUUAGGUGAGACAACGAUAAUGAAAAACUAAUCUAAGGUUAGUGCUAAAGUAUCUUUAUCUUUUGGUCCCACCAGUAAAUCUUUAUGAUAAUGUUGUCAUUAUGAAGAAUUACAAUUACAAUUACACGGAUGCAGAAUUGUAUGUUUGCUUCGAUUAUUGUUUACAUACAUGUAGCUAUAUUAAUGCACUUUUGUUUAACAUUUUGGAUUUCAGAGCAUUUCCACAAUGACAUGAAUACUCAAAGUAUCAAUCCUGAUAACAAAGAAGAUAUGCUUUCCUCGAAGUCUCAUAUGUCAACUUUCACCAUAUCUAAAAAUUUAGCGAUAAUAAGCACAGGGUUCUUACUUCUUUUUACGUCUUUUAAUUCAUUAUCUAAUCUCCAAAGUACCUUAAAUAAAGAGGAAGCCUUAGGAACGGUUGGAUUGUCAGUGAUUUAUUGCGCCGGUGUUCUUUCUUGUUUAUUUCUUCCUUCAUUUGUGAUUGGAAAUCUCGGCUGUAAGUGGACGAUAGCUUUAUCUAUGGUGUGUUAUGUAGUAUACAUGGGAGCUAAUUUCCAUGCCGUAUGGGGAACAUUAGUACCAGCAUCAAUAAUAAUCGGCAUUGGUGCUUCAACAUUGUGGUCGGCUACGAGUACAUACUUAACUCAGAUAGCGGUAUGGUAUGCUGAAUUGACUCAAAGAACAACUGAUGAAGUCACAAAUACCUUUUUUGGCUUUUUCUAUAUGUUUUUCCAAACUAGUCAGAUUUGGGGAAAUUUGAUUUCAUCAACUGUUUUUAAAACAAAAUCCAGUAAUGAUACUCAAAUUAAUUUGCAUUUAUGUGGAGCUAAUUUCGAUCCGAAAUUGCCAACAAAUAGCUCUAAUUUGGCCAGACCUAGUGAUACAAAGGUUUAUAUGCUCUGUAGUAUUUAUUUGGGUUGUGCAUUCCUGGCGUUUUUUGUUAUAGCAACAUUUUUGGAUAACAUAAAUCUAGACGUUCGCAACAAUUACACAAAAAGAAAAAUAUCACUCUCAGUAGUGAUGUCUACAUUUAGACAUUGGUGGUAUUCUAGACCACAGAAAAUGCUAACUAUACUGACUAUCUAUAGUGGCAUUGAGGUAGCUUUUAUAACUGGGGAUUAUACAAAAUCAUACGUUAGCUGUGCAUUGGGUAUAUGGAAUGUAGGUAAUGUAAUGAUUUGCUUUGGAACUGUAAAUGCUGUAUGUUCGUUUGUAUUUGGACGCUUAGUACGAGUCACAGGACAUACUCCAUUGUUUGUACUAGCUUUCAUUACUCAUGGAGCCACUCAGAUUGCAUUACUUUUUUGGAAACCACAUCCUGACCAUCAUAUAUGGUUUUAUAUAUUCGCAGCAUUGUGGGCUAUUGGAGAUGCUGUAAUGCAGUCCCAAUUUAAUGCGUUUUAUGGUUAUCUAUUUUUUAAAGACAAAGUAGCUGCCUUUUCUAACAGGGGAUUGUGGGAAUCAGUCGGAUUUAUUAUAGCUUUUGCUUGGAGUGGCUAUCUAGUCACGAAUGUCAAACUAGGACUGUGUUUAGGAUUUUUGAUCAGUGGAAUGACACUUUAUAUACUGGUGGAUGUUCAAAACAGAAAACAGAGGAAACAGGUUAAAAUCAACGAGGACACAAUUGCAUUGCUAAAUUAUAUCGAUUAACAAUUUCAGAUUUUUCCAUGAUAGUCUUCAUACCAAAAGUUGGACAAACAGGACAACUAUUAAUUUCGUAUUGUUAAUUUUCCUUACCUUGAUGUUCCAUGGACUCCUUCGUAUAGUACAUAACUCAGUUGGUUUGAUAUGACUUUUUGCAAUUAUUAAUUAUGAAAGUACUUAUUUCAAGAACAAGUUCAGCUGCUGAUAUUAAAGUAAAGAUUACAUGAUGUUAUUGUCCAUCCUUCUGUAUAGCACCAACUAUUCAUUUUUUUUUGUUGGGAGCAUGUCUUUUUUAGAUAAUUGUUUGAUUCUAAAUUUCUUUAAAAAACCUAUUUCAAAAGGGAAAUGAAAAAAAAAAAUAAGAACAUAGAUUUUAAAGAAAACAAUUCUUCUGGCUGUAUGUCAUUGAAAAAAAUACCCUGUAAUUGGUUAGAUUUAAUUAAAAAAAAUAAAACAAUGCCCUCAUCACAACAAAUAAGCAGUUAAAGAAGUAAGAAAGUACAGUUAUUCCACUGAGUUAGAUUAAAUUGGGAGGGUGCUCAUGUGUCCGUUAGAAUGUCAGUAACCCUAUCAAUGGUAAUCCAGACUUGUGCUAUGUUUUUCUGUGUUGUUGGUAGAUAUUUCAUAGACUGUGUUCACUGUUGAAUAUUCAUAUUUCUAGAAUCCAAGUUAUUUAGAGCUUGAUAUUUAUAUUAAUAUCCGCCUAUUGUUGAAGACCAUAAAUUGACCUCUAAAUGUCUUUCACUAUUUUGUUAUGUAGGUUUGCCAUCUCAUUGAUAAAAAUAUUUGACAUAUUGUAAAGAAUUUGUUUAAACCUGUUUGUUGACCUCUAGAUUUUUUAAUUGGGUUUGUGUCACGAUUCAUUUCCAAAAUCUCCUUGUAUUCACGAUCAAGUUAUUGAGAAAAGAGUGUGAAUGAGAUUUCAUUGUGAACAACCAACUGAUUUGUUUUGUGCAUUCAUUUUGUAUGAUGGAGGUUUCCUCCAACAGCUAUUUUUGAAAAAGGGAUAAAAGGUAUUUGUACCAUA